CGCGGACUGUCGGGCGAGGAGCGCCAUGGCGGCGGCGUGCGACGGGGAGGCGGCGGCAGCGGCCCGGGCCCUUUGCGCGUUCUCUCCCCGCGACCGCCGCUUCUUCGCCAUCUCCGGGCCGGAUGGGCGCCUGCGGGUGUGGGAGACGGCUAACAGUCGGCUACAGCACGAGUACGUGCCCUCCGCCCAUCUCAGCGCUGCGUGUACUUGCCUGGCCUGGGCCCCGCCGGGGGGACGGCCGCCCCCCAGUAAGGAUGGCCCCCAGAGGAAAAAACGAAAGUCUGAAGUUGCAGAAGUGAACACACAGUUAGAUAUCCUGGCUAUUGGUACAGCAGUUGGUAGCAUUUUGUUGUACAGCACAGUAAAAGGAGAACUACAGAGCAAGCUAGAUGGUGGUCAUGACAGUAAAGUAAAUUGUGUGAGAUGGCAUCAAGACAACUGCUGCUUGUAUAGCUGCUCAGAGGACAAACACAUAGUGGAAUGGAACACACAGACCUGCAAACUGAAGUGCAAGUGGAAAGGCGACAAUAGCAGUGUCACCUCUCUGUGCAUCAGUCCAGAUGGGAAAAUGCUGCUGUCAGCUGGUAGAACUAUAAAACUGUGGGACCUGGAGACCAAAGAAGUCUACAGACAUUUCACGGGCCAUGCUACGUCAGUGUCAUCAUUAAUGUUUACCACAGUGAAACCUGUGAAUGAAAAUAAUCCCUCUGAUGGAAUUACAGGGCUUUAUUUCUUGUCUGGAGCCAUACAUGACCGAUUACUGAGCGUAUGGCAGAUCAGAUCAGAAGCAAAAGAAAAGAAUGCUGUCAUGGCUUUCUCUGUAACAGAUGAACCAACUUUUGUUGACCUGACCACAUCAGAAGUCAAAGAAGAGCCUGUGAAGUUAGCAGUUGUGUGCAGAGAUGGGCAGUUGCAUUUAUUUGAGCAUAUCUUAAAUGGUUACUGCAAAAAACCCUUAACGUCAAACUGUACUAUCCAGAUAGCAACACCUGGAGACGAUGAGGACUCCACACCAAAACCUGUUCCUAUCUUAGCAGCUGCAUUUUGCACAGACAAACAGUCUCUGCUGCUUGUGUAUGGAAACACCUUACAGCCCAUCAUAGAGAAAGUGUCUUUGAAUACCACUGAAUCCCACAUAUGUUUGAUAAGGGAUAUCCAGAAAGUGUUGUCACUUAAAACAGAUGUUGCUGUAACAAAGGUGAAGACGCCUGUUGUGAACUCGGACAGCAAAGUUCUAGUGCCUGGCAUUCCAGGGCACAGUACAACUAUCAAAACUCCAUCCUCAGGAAAAGAGAAAAAGAAAACCAAGAGGAAACCUGGAGAGACAGAGGAAAGCAUUGAAGAGCGCCUAGGAGCACUGGAUAUUGAUGUAACAAAAAUAAAAACGCCGGGGGGCCUUCCACAGACAGACAGCUUUGCAGUGCUUUUGGUUCAGGGCUUGGAAAGCAACGAUGCAGAGAUCUUAAAUAGAGUGCUUAACACAAAAAAGGAAACUGUCAUAAAGAACACAGUAGCCAGAAUGCCUAUCCACGCUGUCAUUCCACUGCUGCAUGAGCUUACGAAGAGAUUGCAGGGCAACCCAUACAGUGCCUCACUAAUGGUUCGGUGGUUGAAGUCUGUUUUCAGUCUACAUGCAUCCUACCUUUCCACAUUGCCAGACCUUAUUCCUCAGCUGGGGAUGCUAUACCAGUUAAUGGAGAGCAGAGUAAAAACGUUGCAAAAGCUUUCCCGUCUUCACGGAAGACUCUUCAUUCUUGCCUCCCAGGUUGCAGCAUCAGAAGCGGGUCAGGAUGUAACUGAAGUGAAUCAGACUGCAAAGGUGGUGUAUGAGGAUGAGUCCUCGGAGGAGGAGGGCUCAGAUGAUGAGAUGAUUGCAGAUAAGGAAUCUGAGGAAAACUGGGACGAAGAUGAAGAAAAAGAGGAGCAAUCUGAUGAACAAGAAAUGGCUGUUGAAAAGGAAAUCAAUGGUGAUUCUGAUUUGGAACCAGAAAACGAAAGUGAAGAAGAAUAGUGACAUGAAAGAAGAACUGUUAACAGUUGAAACGAGUGGGCCACCAAACUCUCCUUCUGGAUCAUCUUGCUGGGAGUUGCCAUAUUUGCAUAGAGGGAUGUCCUGUGUGCAGGGGCACUUGUGGGGCACCGUGCAUUUCUGGAUCCAGAGCGUUUAACCAUGCCAGCCUUUUCUCGCCCCGUUUCCCUGCGCUUAUAGAAACAUUUCUUCCACCUCGUGGUCAGAUUCUGCCUGUCAUGUGGACAUGGAUUUGUAUCUCAAGUGAAAUAAAUCUGCCACCACUGUUGGUGUGGUAAACGUGGUUCAGCUUUACACUGAAUUUGUUUCCAGUGUUCAAGGAUCUGUCCCUCCUUUCCAUGCUUCGGUUAGCAGUAGCAAGUGGGCAUCCUGCUGCAUUUUUUUGAAGAAUCAACAGCCCCCUCCCCCCCAUAAAAAAACAAACCACAACACAGGAAAAAAAACAAAAGAUGAUAUUUUUGUAAUGUUUAAAUUCUCUCCUGAAAUCCUUUUCUUUGCUCCCACCCUCCAUUGCUUUAGCCAUCCCUCGGCAGUCUCUAAAUGCCAACCUGACUUACCAAAAUGACUUUGUCUUCUUUUUUUUCUAACACAUUUGAACUCGAAGACUUUUAUAUAUAUACCAAUCAAUGAUGAUUCUUGUGCUUCAAAAGGACGUUCCAACUAUCAGUGGCUCCUAACGUUUGAAGGGAGGCUGUAUAUAAAUUUAAUCCUAACCCAGAGGAUACACUGUGCUGAACUGAGAGGGGAGAGGGGGAGUAACACAGGGAAAUGAAAAGGUUGAGCGCUUCCCUUAUUAGGGAUUUUUAAUCUCUCAUUGGCAGAAGCCAGGGCAGCUGUUUGCUCAGCUAAUGGAAGCUCAAGUGGUGCAAACACAUUUUUAAGAGCAAAACAAGGUAAAGGUUUGAGCCAUUCACCACUAUAAUGUACAAUAAUAUAUUUGUCUAUAAACGGAGCUGUUGCAACUGAAUAGCACCCUCUUUGUAAAGUGAAUAAAUAUACAUCUCCUUUACCAGAUAA